CUUUUGGAGAUGAGGGGGGCAUGUGGAGUCAAGUGGUGGGACAGUAGCCUCGCGCUCAGUGUCCAAAGUUUCGAAGCCCUCCGGCGGUCAUGAUUUGGGUGCUUUGCAUUUUGUCGCUGGGGUUCAUCUGGCCUGCAGCGGGCAGACAUGCUCGGAACGCGGAGCACUUGUCCGGUUUGAAAAGGUUUCAGCGGGACUUUGGUGGUGAUGACGAUGAUCGGUCUGCUGUAGAGAGCUCGGUUCUGCUGUCGCAAAGCAGUGCGGGACCGAACGAUCAGACGUGCACGCCUCUGCUGGGAGUCGAGGCAGCGCUGCUGAACCACACCAGCACCUUCAUGUUCAAAGUGCGGACAGCGGGGUCGCUGUCGCUGGCCUGGGUGGGAGAUGGAACAGGGGUUCUGCUGGUGCUGACGACUUUUCACGCGCCGUUCCUGCUGAUGCGCUUUGGCCAGUCGAACCUCUACAGGAGUGAAGACUACGGGAAAACCUUCCGAGAUGUGACUGACCGGAUCAACCACACCUUCAUUCAGUCAGAGUUUGGCAUCUCCGUCAGUCCGGAUCACUCUGGGAAGGUGCUCCUGACCGGUGACGUGUCUGGGUUUGGACGCUUUCGGCUCUUUCGCUCUCGGGACUUCGGCCUGUCCUUUGCGCAGAGCGAUCUACCGUUUGAGCCUCUGAUUCAAAUGCUCUUCAACCCCGAGGACUCCAACACCCUCCUGACGCUCAGUAUCAGGCUGGACCUUUGGCUGUCAGAAGACUUUGGCGCCACCUGGAGAAAAAUCCACGACAGUGUUUGUUUGGUCAGAUGGAGCUCAAGGAACACCAUCUACUUCACCACCAGCAACAACGUCUCCUGCAGUGAAAAGGGAAUGCUAGAGUUAAAGAAAACCCUCAACUACGGCAGAAGUUUCCAAACCAUCGCAACCAGAGUUUACUCCUUUGCUUUGGGAGGAAAGUUUGUCUUCGCCUCCAUCAUGACAGGAACGGGCACAGAGCGCACAAUCCAUGUGUCUGUGGAUGGAGGAGGGCACUGGAACAUGGCUCAGCUUCCGACUGCAACCAACCAGCAGUUUUAUUCUUUUCUUGCUGCCAAUCAGGACAUGAUAUUCAUGCAUGUGGACGACCCUGGAGACACUGGGAUAGGAACUAUCUACGUGUCGGACGACAGAGGAAUUGUCUUCUCCAAGUCUCUGGAGCGCCACCUCUACACAACCACAGGAAGUGACACCGACUUCACCACCAUCUCCUCGCUCAGGGGUGUCUACCUGACCAGCAUCCUCACAGAGGAUGGUGUGGUGGAGACGGUAAUCACGUAUGACCAGGGGGCAAAGUGGCAGACCCUGCGCAGACCUGAGAACAGUCAGUGUGGCUCUGACACUUCAACCAACAGAGCCAACACAUGCAGACUUCAUAUCCACGCCUCUUACAGCACCACCAUGAAGAUGAACGUCCCCAUGCUGCCUCUGUCCCAGCCCAAUGCCGUGGGCCUCAUCCUAGCCCACGGCAGCCUCGGAGACGCAGAGUCCACUCUCUUCCCUGACGUGUAUGUGUCCGACGAUGGGGGCUACACGUGGAUGCUGGCUCUCAAGGGCCCCCAUCACUAUGCCAUACUGGACUCUGGAGGCCUGCUGGUAGCAGUGGAACACACCAACGCCCUAGUCAACCAAAUAAAAUUCUCCACAGAUGAAGGCCAGUGCUGGCACACGUACAACUUCACCAACGACCCGUUACACUUCAGCGGCAUGGACAGCGAGCCCGGCUCUCGCUCCAUGAACGUCAGCCUGUGGGGCUACAGGAAUGACUUCAGUAAAUGGGUGGUGGUCACCAUAGACUUCAAAAAGCUUCUCACCAGGGACUGUGAUGACGGGGACUACGUGGAGUGGCUGGCUCAUUCUGCAGACCGAAGCGGAUCGAGCGAUGGCUGUGUGCUGGGAUAUAAGGAGACCCUCCUGCGUUUGAGGAAAGACUCCGUCUGCUGGAAUGGGAGAGACUUUGUGGUCAGAAGGAAGCCGUCCCCCUGUCUGUGUACAGAGGUGGAUUAUCACUGCGACUUUGGGUUUUACCGACCGGAGAACAGCAGCGAGUGUGUGAUGCAGGAAGAGGUGAAGGGCCGCGCUCUGGAGUUCUGUUUAAAUGACACCGCUGAACAGCUGCAGACCAGUGGGUACAGGAAAAUUCCAGGUAACCAGUGUGAAGGAGGCUUUCAGCCCACCAGGAAGGAGACUGACCUCGGAAAGAUUUGCACUAGUGAUGCUCUACAUCCAAACUUUCUGCAGACCGACAACAGUUCACUGAACGCCGUUGCCAUUGCGAUGGUCGUCAUAGCGAUACUCCUGACGAGUGCUCUGGCUGGAGUUUGGCUGGUAAAGAAAUACGUUUGUGGAGGCCGGUUCCUCGUGCACAGAUACUCUGUAAUGCGAGAAAGCGUGGAAGCAAACAAAAUUGAAGGAGUUGAUGAUGUGGACACCCAGUACAUGGAAACUGCAAAGGCUCAGUUCAACGAAGACUCAGAUCAGGACCUGUUAGAUUAGGAUUUUUACCAGCUUUCCUGAUGACUGAGCAUUCCUGUUGCUCCCACAUGCUGACUAACAUCCGUGUACCUGCCCUGACGUGGUGGAAGGACUCUUCUUGUUUUAGGUUUUACAAACAGGCUAUUUUAAAAGGGUGGGGGCAAAUUUAGCACAACAGGGCUGACUUGAGAACUCAUGUUUGUUUUGGCCACAGAAAGUUCUGGAAACAACAUUAAGGGUGGAAGAGAAUUUUAUUUCCCUUGUUGGCUUGCAGAAAAAAGAUGCACUGCUCACUAUGCAAACAAUGAAUGGAACAUGUGGGGCUAAAAGACGGGUAUAUUACAGAACACAAUUUGAAUUUUUAGUUUUUCCCAUAUAUAAAUAGUUGUGUUUUUGUGCAUUGUGGGCCAUUAAGAUCAAUCCCACCAUUCACUAAAAGAGGAAUCAAAAAAUUGCUCUUUGUUUCCAGGCCUAUUAUAAGCUCAUCUUUGGGGUUUCUUUAUGACGUAUAUCCUAAAUAAAUUUAGAACAAUUGUUUGUUUUUUUGUUUUGUUUUUUAAUCCAGAAGUUAGCAUGUUGCAUUAGCAAAAACUCAAAUAGCCCAAAAAUAUUAUUUUAUUUCUAAAACACAUUUAAAAGAAUUUUAACAAACAUAAAAUGACAAUCAAAUAAGGCAUGAGUGCCAAAACAUCUCAUCAUUUAUCAGCCUUUAUUAAGACUGAAAUGUUUGUUCGUUUUUUUCAAAAAUCUGCAUUUAUUAAAAAACAGACAAUAUACAUCCUCAAAUCUCAUACAGAUCUUUUAUUUUUAUCAUGCGCCAACAAGCAAUUUUUUUAUUUAAAGAAAACACACAUUUUCCCAUAUUUCUUUUUACAACAUUCUAAGUUAAAACCACUUUUUUCGUGAGUAAACAAAGGUAAACUUUAGCUUAUAAUUGUUAAGGAAAUUGCAUAGAACUAAUACUACAAAAAAAGAUUCAUUGAAAUUGCAAUUAUGACUUAAUUGGCUGAGAUUUAUUAAACUUUUGUUAAAUGGUACAUUUAUUUGUAAUACAUACAUAAUACAAGUUAUACAAGGUAUUUUUGUUUUUAUUGUGGCCAGAUUGUGAAACCAUUUAAGGGGAAACACAGACGGAUCUGAACAUGUGCCGUUCGGGACGUUUCUGGUCAGAAUAUGUGAAUAUGACUGAUGGAAAGUACGGCCAAGAUCAAGAGCAAAGCUUGUUAGGUUUUGGUUUUUAUAGUACAUGAAACUGGUUGCAAACUACAUUAGCAGCCAGUUUCCUCUGCUCUCCUGCAUGUGCGGCGAAAAGGAAAGACUUGAAUUGUUGCCAAAGCACUUUUGCCCCUGGAUUUCUGAAAAGGGGAAACCUGACUUUAGCCCUGCAUUUUACCAGUACGUAUAUGAAGAUGAUGCAAACACAAGCCUGUACUUGAACUGUUUGUUACUUUUAUUAACAUAAGGUACCAUGUUUUUAAUGUUUUUGUUUUGGGUUUUUUUUUCCUGGCAUGUCCUUUAUCUGUGGACAAAGAUAUUAUAUAUUUUCUCAAUGAUCAUAAUCAUUAAAGUAAUAACUGUGAAAAGAACAAGGCAAUUAUUUCUGUAAACAGACUCAUACUGGUUAUGGUAUGGUUUCUCUAUGAUGUAUAAUCUCUUGGCAGUUCCAGUAUUACAGUAACAGAUUAGCAGAUCUGGCUACGUCUGGUUUAUAAUUAUAUUUUAUUAGAUUAAAAAGAUUUUGCAUGUUUUUUCCUUUUGCCGACAUUUCAGCUUCUAGCAGUGCAAGAUCUGGAUUUUUGCCAACAUUCAGGUUUUGUUUUCUCCCAUCAGCAGAAGCAGUAUUCCAGUAGAUAAGCUAUUAUCAACAUACGACAGGCUUCAUGUUGAGGCAUUUUCUCAAUUAAGGGACAUUUCUCAGUCAACAAAACUCAUAAAACAAAGGCUUUCUCAUUUAAACAAUGGUCAGAAUAAGCAAGCCAGUUAUUUACUGGAUUCAACUACUUGUUUUUGCACUGUUUCUCCAGAUCUGUGAACUUAUUGGUUUUCUGGUACAAAAACUCUUUGUAAAGUUUUAAUAAAGUUUGCAUUGUUCUCUUUU